AUGGAACCCAACAAUUCAAUCAAUCAAAUCGACAAUCACAUCGAUGAUGAUGGUGAUCAGAACUCAUUUCCAAUCGAUUCAACACAAGUAAUCACACCAAUCGAUUCAACACAACUAAACCCUCUUUCCGAAUCAUCAGUUCUAGGGCUUGUUCUCCUUGCUCAUACGUUCUCAUAUGAUAUUCAAAACCUCACUGAGUCUCUCCUUCUCGAAAUCCUCACAAGAUUGCCCCUGAAAUCAAUUUUUAGGUUCAAAUGUGUUUUCAAACACUGGCUAGACCUAAUUUCUCAGCCUUCAUUUGCCCGUUUCUAUUGCUCGUGUAUGCUCACAGCCAGCGCAUCGUCAUCAUCCUUACCUUUCAUAAUUUUGUAUAGGUACAUUUAUGUGUCGAAAUUCAAAGACGUUCUUGAUCGAUUCCGUCCCGAGACUUACAAUUCCUCAAAAUUCUCGGUCCUUUGCUCUUUCAAAAAAAAGCAGGGGACAGCUAUGGCUUCAUUGAUGCAUAUGCAGAAAAUUCUAUCAUACAGAGUGCAACAUUUUCCAACUCUUGAGAAAGCUAUUGAGUGGAAUGUGAGAUCAGGCUCUUUAAGAAACAUCGAUUCUGCUCGAAUAUUGAUUCCCGGGACUGUAAAAGCACGAUUGGAGGAAACAGAACAAUAUUGGAGAGGAUGGUAUGAUGACCUCUCGGAAAAAUUUCUGUCAUCUCCUGUCCCAAAGUUGUUGUUGUUGGCUGGAACAGAUAGACUUGAUAGGACAAGGAGGAAUCUUGAAGGUCUCUUUCUAGAAAUGAGUAACCCCCAUUGUAAGAGAGCUUGCAUGGCUGUCUGA